UCCCAACGUCUUUCUUCCACUUAGCUCAAACCCCACUUUACCUUUCUCCAACACACACACACACACAGUGUACCCUCUUUUCUUUCUUUCCACUGUUCUCACUAUCAACCCUUUCACACUCUCCCUAUCUUUCUCUAAAGCUCAAAACUUGGUUUUCUGGUGUACAAAGGUAAGCUCUUUGAGACCAAUUUUUCCAUUCUUGAGCUAAAAAUGCUAGCUUUAUGUUUAUACAUUUUCAUGGUUCUUUCUAAUUCUUGUAUUUUAGUGAGUUCUUUGAAUAAUGAAGGAAUAGCACUUUGGUCAUUCAAGAAAGGUAUAGGUCAAGAUCCUGAAGGUUCAUUAAAUAAUUGGAAUUAUUCUGAUGAAACUCCUUGUUCAUGGAAUGGUAUUACAUGCAAAGAUUUUAAAGUUAUUUCUGUUAGUAUUCCUAAAAAGAAACUCACUGGUUUUGUUUCUUCUAGUCUUGGAUCUUUAUCUGAGCUUAGACAUGUUAAUUUAAGGAGUAAUUUGUUUUCUGGUAGUUUACCUGUUGAGUUAUUUAAGGUUCAAGGUUUACAAAGUUUGGUUCUUUAUGGGAAUUUGUUCUCUGGGGUUAUACCUUUUGAGGUUGGGAGGUUAAAUUAUCUUCAAACUUUGGAUUUGUCACAGAAUUUCUUGAAUGGUUCUGUUCCUGUGAGUUUGCUUCAGUGUAAAAGGUUGAAGGUUCUUGAUCUUAGUCAAAAUAAUUUUACUGGUUUUUUACCUGAGGGGUUUGGUGGUAAUUUGUCUGCAUUGGAAAAACUUGAUCUUGGUUUUAAUAAAUUUGAGGGUCCAAUUCCUAGUGACUUAGGAAAUUUGUCUAAUUUGCAAGGGACUGUUGAUUUGUCUCAUAAUAUGUUUAGUGGUUCAAUUCCGGCGAGUCUUGGUAAUCUACCAGAGAAGGUGUAUAUUGAUUUGACUUAUAACAAUUUGAGCGGUCCAAUUCCACAAAAUGGUGCUUUGAUUAACAGAGGACCUACUGCUUUUAUUGGUAAUCUUGGGCUUUGUGGACCUCCGUUAAAGAACCCGUGUUCUGCACAAAGUGAGGCAAGUUCACCGGAAUCGGAACCUUUCUUGCCUAAUAAUUCUCCCUUAGAUGAUGCUGGAAAUGAUGGGAAUGCCAAAGGUUUGAGUAGAGGUGCUGUAAUUGCGAUAAUCAUUGGGGAUGUGGUUGGAAUUUGUGUUAUUGGGUUGCUAUUCUCGUAUUGUUAUUCGAGAAUUUGUGCCUGUGGUAGGAAAAAGGAUGAAUCUGGCUUUGGUUUUCAAAAGGGAGGGAAAGGAAGAAAAGAGUGUUUAUGUUUUAGGAAGGAUGAGUCAGAGACGUUAUCGGAGAAUAUUGAGCAAUACGAUUUAGUGGCACUAGAUAAUCAAGUGGCGUUUGAUCUUGACGAACUUCUCAAGGCAUCUGCUUUUGUCCUUGGUAAAAGUGGUAUUGGCAUUGUGUACAAAGUUGUUCUUGAAGACGGGCUUAACUUGGCCGUGAGAAGACUAGGUGAGGGUGGUUCUCAAAGAUUUAAGGAAUUCCAAACAGAGGUCGAAGCAAUUGGAAAACUGAGGCAUCAAAAUAUUGUGACGCUUCGUGCCUAUUAUUGGUCUGUGGAUGAGAAGCUACUGAUAUAUGACUUCAUUCCAAAUGGAAACCUUGCAACUGCAAUUCAUGGAAAACCUGAAAUGGUGUCAUUUACACCUCUUUCAUGGUCGAUUCGCCUGAAAAUAAUGAAGGGAACUGCUAAAGGGUUGGUUUAUUUACAUGAAUAUAGUCCCAAGAAAUAUGUUCAUGGUGAUCUGAAACCAUCUAAUAUAUUGCUUGGGCACGAUAUGGAACCCAAAAUCUCUGACUUUGGACUUGGACGUCUUGCUAAUAUAGCGGGAGCAUCCCCUACGUUGCAUUCCAACCACAUGGCAUCUGAGAAACCACAACAAAGUAAGCAAGGCAGUGCACCGUCAGAGGCUGCAACGACAGUUACGUCAACUACAACUUCUGGUUCUUGUUACCAGGCUCCCGAGGCAUUGAAAGUGGUGAAACCAUCGCAGAAAUGGGAUGUUUACUCAUAUGGAGUGAUUUUGCUGGAAAUGAUUACGGGAAGAACCCCGGUUAUCCAAGUAGGUUCCUCAGAAAUGGAUCUUGUCAACUGGAUUCACUGGUGCAUUGAAGAAAAGAAGCCACUUUCAGAUGUAUUGGACCCGUAUUUAGCUCAAGAUGCUGAUAAAGAAGAGGAAAUGAUCGCAGUUUUGAAAAUUGCAAUGGCGUCUGUUCACAGCAGCCCGGAAAGGAGACCUUCAAUGAGGCACAUAUCUGAUGCACUAGAAAGACUGCCCGCGUCCUCUGACUGAAAGAUUCAAACACUGCCCGUGUCACGUUCUCUUGGCUAGCACUGAAGUUUCAGCAUGUAACCGAUAUUGUGCAAACCAUUAACCGGUUGGAGCAAAAAGAGAUGGUGCAGAAAUAUUUAUGACUAACAGUAGUAAUCUCCACUUGUUCUUGUUGAGAGAUCUUAGUGAAGGAAAGUCUGUUUGAAGAGCAUGCCAAAAAAAUUUGUUACUGUUUUUUCAUGUGUUUUAUGUAGGUUUUUUGCUCUAAAUUCAGGCUUUGUUGUCUAUUUGUUGUUCGUUCUGUUGAUCAAGAACAUAAAUUAUUGUUUCUAUUUAUUACUACUGCUAUUCAUCUUUGUUCGUCAAUGAGUAUGUAAAUAACAAUGAUUGUCAAAACAAUAAAGAAUUUAUGGUGUAGCAAUAACUAUA